AUGAAGUGCUUCAAGAUCCUCCUGCUGGUAUCCCUCAUCCCUCUCGUGCUCAGGGGAGUCUCGCUUCUGGGCAACGUCAUUCCCACAUCGCCUGAGCAGCCGUCCAGCUCCAGCUCCGACAACGGCGCGAGCGUUUCUUCGGUUUCUUCAGCUUCACGGGUGGGCCGCGGCCACCUAUCCGGCGGCGACUUCAGGGACGACAAGAGGUUCUCCCCGACCGGAUCCAACCCGCUACACAACUUGUGA